UCGAGUGCAGCAGAUACGUCCCUGCAUUUAUCUUAACAACCUGUUUAUAUACCUGCCCACAUCUUUUUCUUGGCUUAAAAGUACGCUUUAGAAAUUUUGUACCGAUUUGUGGUUUGUGGAAUGUCUGUUGCAGUAUGUGCACUCAAGAAAUUUAGUGAGUUAAAUCGUGUUUAGUGCCUUGCAUCGCGAAUAAUUAGUGUUUGUUUACAUUAUUUUCUUAUCAAAAUCGCGUGGGCUGUGAGUAAACAAAACAACUUCGACAACAUGCAGUCUGUCUUGGCUUGUUUACUGUUUUUUACGUUUUGGAGUUUCUCAUCAUGCUCGCGGUCUGGGAUUUAUAUCGAUAAUGGUUUUGAUCAAACGGCUAUAGAGAGGACGAUGACCAGAGAUGAAAAAAGGGAAAUGGAAUUGGAGAUUUUGAGUCUCUUGGGCUUGCCUAAGAGACCAAGGACAAUAAGUAAGAAUCCGCUGAAGAGGUCAGCUCCGAGGUUCUUGUUGGAUAUUUACAAGACGUUGAUGGAUGCGGACAACGAAGAUGAUCAAAGGGCCAAGAGGAGUGUUGAUGUUUAUUUGAGUGGCGAAGAACAAAACCAAAUUGAUGAGAGCGAUAUCAUUAUGACUUUUGAAAGUGCAAAUGACCAUGUGCCGAAUGUAAGACAUGAACGAGGUAAAAGACUUUGGUUCAAUGCCAGUGAUGUGCCAGUAGCAGAAGAUGUUGUUGGGGCUGAAUUAAGAAUAUACAAAGGUAAUGGAAAGGAUAUGAAAAAUGUAGAUGCAGUUUAUACUAUAACAGUGUAUCAACUUAUAAAGACAGAUGAAGGAGACAAAGAAUUAGAGUACAUAUCAGCCACCAACGUCACUGCCGGAUUUACAGGAUGGAUUAGCUUGAACUUAACGAGAUGUCUCGCCACGUGGGUGGCAUUUCCGAAUCUCAACAAAGGCCUUUACCUAUCCGUGCAUCCAGUCAGCAGGCCAGGCCAUGAAGUCAGACCAGAAGACAUUGGAGUAGUGACGGUAAAAGCUGAAGAUGAACAACAACCAUUUAUGGUAGCUUUUCUUAGAGCAGCUAACAAUAUCAAGCCGAGAGUAACAAGAGAGACUAGAACCAAAAAGGACACAUUCAAUAGUGUUAUGACUGGAUAUUCAAAAGUUAAAAAUGAAAGACAAGAUCUACGAAGAAGUUGUCGCAUUGAAACAUUGUACAUCAAUUUCAAGGACCUAUCUUGGACCGACUGGAUAAUAGCCCCAGAUGGCUAUCCCGCCUUUUACUGUGCUGGAGAAUGCAAUUUCCCUCUAAAUGCUCACAUGAAUGCCACCAACCACGCAAUCGUCCAGACAUUAGUCCAUCUGAUGAACCCUUUGAGAUUUCCGAAACCGUGCUGCGCACCAACGAGGUUAAAUCCAAUAUCGGUUUUAUACUACUUGGAUGAUCACAAUGUUAUACUCAAGAAGUACAAAAAGAUGGUGGUAAAGAGCUGUGGUUGCCAUUAAAUGAUUUUUUUUCUCGAAAUUAUUGUACAUAUUUGUAUAUUUGUUUUAUAUAUAACAUACAGCAUGCUUAGUUUAAGAAAAUAAGGUAACAAACAAGUGCCAAAUAUUGUAUCGACAUUUUUUAAAUACAUGUAUUAUCAACU